GUAACAUAGUUACCGUAGUUGUCUUUAUCAUGUCUUGACUCUUGGCAACUAACUUGGUUACUUACUGGAGUCUUGGUUUUGUUACACCUGCUAACACGAGCACUUCGAACGUUUAUACUUUAUAGUCUUCCAUGGUCUUCACAUUCACACAAGGCUGACGUGUAGUCGAGUCUGUGUCUGCCUAUUGCACUACACCGCGCCGUGCGCUCCAUUGGGAGUGCAGCAAGAAAUCAAAGAAGGAUCAUUAUUUUGGUCCUUGAAUGAGUAAUUCAGCAUUCUCGAAUUCUAGCUGGAAAGCGUCCUCAUUUCCCUAGUGAUUACGCUGAAUACUUUAGCGUCAGGUUUGACUCUAUCGGCACCGUAGCGUCCUACGAUCCAGUCGUUCAGUCUAGUGUCCGGUGUGGAGCGUCGCUGCAAAGCAACACCACACUUUGCGGUGGAAAAUCCGGGGAAGAAAUCCUCUCGAGCUGCUGUGUAGGACAGUCUACACCGAGUUAUCUCUGCACACAACUGCAGUAAGAUGGAAGAUGAGGAUGUGCCUGCUGCUGCAGGCAAUCCGUUUGACUCGCCUGAGUUCAUUGCUGACAUCCAUCCGUGGUUACUGACUUUGGAUGCCGACAUGUUCAGGGAGGCGGCACAGCAAAACCAGCUGCUACGCACUUUUGCCAUCGUCGCAAACCUGGAAGACACUCUGUAGCGGGAAGGCCGGGAGGCGCAGAACAAGAAACUGAUUCAAAUCAUCUCGACCAAUGAGCUGCAUGGAUACCAACGCUUGUGUCACGUCGUUGCCGAAAUGGGCUUCCACAAACGAGUGCGCCAGAUGUUGAACCAGCUACCAGAGAAGGAUCGACCAUUGAUAGAUCUACCCAGCUCAGUUGACAUGGCAACCACAGGCGUACGACGACGAGUCCGAACAGGUGUGGAUGGUGAUGGUGGUGAUCAUGAUGGUAGACCAGAGUCACAGAGUGUGGACGGUGGUGAUGGUGAUAGUGAUGGCAGACCAGUGUCACAGAGUGUGGAUGGAAAUGAAGAGGAGGGUAAUGGAUCAGAAGAGAGGAAUGAAACGGCAGUGGAGCACGAGGCAUCAGCUGCACCAGUGGCAGUACCAGCUCAGAGGCCCAUACCAUUCCUUGCAAUGGUGGUGGGGUUGAGUCUUCUUAUCAUUGGUGUCAUCAGUGUCUACUACGGUUUCAGCCAACCAGCUUCAUUACACGUGGUUCGUGCUGAAAAGCUAUUCAAGAUUCGCUACGCCAAAGCCAAUAAAAACUACUCACCUAUCCUUGGCGCCAGCACAGCAAACACUGUCGAUAACAUCUACAUCAACCUUGUCAUGCUGCCGAAGAAAAAUCUAAGCAACGAGUUCAAGAAUGAAUUCCAGUCCAGCUCCGACGACAUGUGGCGGACCGAGCAUGCCUUCACUCGCGCAAGCCAGCAAAUGCAAGGGAUCGAAUUGGAGACACUUCUCGACAGCACCCGUCUUGAUCAGUCACCAUUUUAUUUUUUCACAGGUCAGACUCUCGGCACGAUAGUCACGGCUAGUGCUGGGUGCGGGAAGUCGUUUGUUUUUACGAGAGUGGCACCAAUAAAAUGGGCAGCCGGUGAACUGUGGCCCAAUAAGAAGCUGCUCGUUGCAAGAGAGUUGCGUUUCCCAGACGUGUACAAAGCUACAUCCCUCACGAAGCUACUUGGAUUAGAUGGCAUCGGUAUCGAAGACAGCAAUGCCCAGCAGGAGAUUUGUGAUCAUGUUCGUGAACACCCUGAGAGUCUAGUGCUAAUUCUAGAUGGUCUUGAUGAGGUGAACCUGAAUGACAUGAGCAGUUUUGUCUAUGAUGUACUGUUUGGCGAGGAGCUGCAGGGAAUUCAUCUCAUAGUUACAUCUCGACCUUGUGCCGACAUCUUCCAGUUGUCAGUAUUACCUCACUUCCACCAGCACAUUGAGCUAACGGGAUUCAAACAAGAUAAUGUGGAGAAGUAUAUUCAUAGCGUACUAAGCCCGGAGAAAGCAGAGACCCUGGUCGCAGAAGUUAAUCGUUCAGCUUAUCUGGGUGGGAUGAUGGCGACCCCAUUCAUGGCACAGGAAGUGUGUGUGCAGUACCACUUUGGCUCGGAUGCACCGCAGUGCAUGACGGACAUGUUUGAACAGAUGAUCGUGCAGAUUAUCAACCGGAAUUACGGCCGGAAAUACAAGCAGUGGAAUGAGGUACCUGUUGAGGCACAACUGCUGGUGAUGGAAAUAGGACAGUUUGCCUUAAAUAUGCUUGCCGAGAAGCGGAUGAUCUUCAGUGAUGUCGAUCUCCAAAAGCAUUCUCUCAGUGAAAAUGCCUUUAAGCUCGGUUUACUAGUGACGGGAGAGGAGUCUCUAUCAAGGAAUGUUGUCAAACAGCAUCGUUUCAGCCAUCUGGCCACUCAGGAAUAUCUGGCGGCAAUCUACCUUGCCAGACACCCCACACAAGCCGCCGUGAACAGCCCCAGUAGUAUUCGACUAGUGGAAACCCUAGGUGCAGAAACGGCACACUUGAGAACAUUCUGGACCAUGCUUUGUGCCCAGCUGAAUACAGCACAAGCCGAAUGUCUCGUGAACUCGUUAUUAACACGACAGAAGGUACAGGAAUUGGAUGAAGAAAAAGGAGGGAUUGUGCACUUCAUUAAUCGGAACACAUCACGUGCUCAUAGUGAGAACUUCGCUCAAUCACGAAACAUUUCUGCAUAUUUCGAGAGAUCUGAUGAGCAGCGACGCUAUCUUCAGAGUCUUGUAUUUUACUCUUUCGCUGAGUUGGCUAUGCAACGGAAAAGGGCUAUUUCCCCGCUGCCGUCAAUACGCGCAUUGCUAGCUUCUAGGCAAGAAGUGCAGAUAUUCAAUGAUCAUCAUCCUGCAGAGUUACGCUCGAUUGACAUAGUCCUUCGCUAUCACCCCCAUGAUGUGCAGGUGGUGACCAUAGAUUAUACGUUCGGGUACCCUAAUGAUCGUGCCCCUACAUCAUUAGCGAACUGCAGUGGGAUCCAAGCAUUGAGAUUCCAUAAUGCUUACAAUAUGCAUGGUCUUAUGGCUACUGUCACGUCUGCUGUACAGCAUUCCACCAGCAGUCUACGCCUGUUGGAUAUGCGGUCCACCCCAAUAUCGGCCCCUCUGAUUGCUGCACUCUCAACAUGUCACCAGCUUCGUGUGCUGAGCCUCCAGUAUGGCAAUCUGACUACUAGCAACGCCGGUGCUUUGGCCAGUGCAUUGUCCAAUCUCACAACUCUGCAAGAGAUCACACUGCUUGUUAAUAAGGACCUGUCAAGUGAUGGUAUGGCUGCAAUCACCCGUGCCCUUCACCGUUGUAGCAAUCUAUACGCUGUUGACUUUAUCUACUGUGGUUUGACUGCAUCAUUUCUACCAGCCAUCACAACAGCUCUGCAGCACUGGAAACGCCUGGAGAGCUUGCAGCUCAGCUAUAACAACUUCGGUGAUGCCGGUGCACCUGCAACCUCUCAGUUCUUCUCUGCACUCUCAAAACUCCCAGAUUUGCAAAAGAUUGCACUAUUACAUUGCCAACUGACAAAAAAUACUGGCUUGGCUCUGGCAACUGAGCUGUCCAAAAUAAGCACUCUGAGUGUUGUGAAGUUGUCUCAUAAUCCGGACUUGGGUGACGAAGUUGUUAUAGGCAUUGUGCAUGCACUAAGGAAAUGCACAGGUUUGUCGAGUGUCGAACUUGGUGACUGUAGUCUGACGGCUGAAUCGUUGCCAGCUAUUACGGCUGCUCUAAGGAGCUGGCCGCAGCUGAGAAGUUUGUGGCUCCAUAGCAACGAUUUCAGUGCGAUAACCACCAACCAGGCCAACAGUUUCAUUGCCGCUGUCAACGCCCUUGAGAAGCUUGAUUCUUUAGUAUUAAUGCCUUCAGACAGGCCUUAUUUUUAUAAUGUUGCAUUUGAUAAACUGAUGUCCCAGGAGUCGUAUUCUCUUGCGAGUCUGUGUAAGAUUCUGAUGUCCACAUUAUACUACACACGGCUUGAGGCCCGUGGGCAAAAAUAUUACUUAAACUGAAUAUUUCAUGUAAGUGAAUCCUGAUACAUAUUAUAUAAAGCAAAAUACAAUAAGGCGUCGGUGAGAUUAGAUCAUUAUCACAGAGAUGUCAAUAAUAGAGGGAGGACAAUACCUUCCUUGCACACAUAUGUAUGCGCACACAAUUCACAUACACCUAUUUUCACUGUAUUGUGAUGCUCUCGCUGACUGUAUAUGAUCUGGUUACGUUGACGGACAGUUAGUCAUAACUCUUAACAUUUUAUCCUUCCCCUUUUUCGCAAUAAUUUAAUUGGCUCGCCAUCCGAGUUGAAAAUAUUCUUACUACUUUUUUCUUCUCUUUUCUACCUUAUCACUGUGCUACCGUGUUAAUGAAUAGAAACUCCCGUUUCGAUUUCCAAAAUAGACCACCAUCAACAUUAUGGCCAUUUUGAUGCCGUCGUCGUCAU